AUGGAUAACAUCACGGAUGCGGGGGAUAGAUUGGAGUAUGCAAGAGUUUGUGUUGAAAUUGACACAGCUUCUUCAUUCCCGAAUUCAGUGGAACUAGGCCUCCCGAAUGGUGAUUGUGUAAACAUAGGGGUGGAGUAUUCUUGGAAACCGAGGGCCUGCCCUUUGUGUAGAACUUUUGGGCAUAAUUUGAAGGAAUGUCACUUGGCCCCUCGAUUUGAGAAGGAAAGCACCGAGAACAAGAACUUGAAUCUUACUCAAGAAUGGCGAAUGGUGACUAAGAGGAAGGAGAAUGUGUCAAAGGACGUGGUUGUNUCUUCUCCAACAUAA